UGAACACUUUUCCAAAUGAAAUCAACGAUGAAUGAAAUUCGUUUUGCCGGCGUUUAAACGUGAGUUCUGUCGACGGCGCAAACUGCAGGGGUCUCGCUGCGACGUGGUUUGGGCCGAAGGGCAGAAGAAGAGGGUCAGCAGAGCGCUUUCAAGGGCUUGAGGAAUGCGGUCGGUCUGAACUCGCACAGCAUUCUUCCCCACCGCGCAGGAGGAUACUGUCUUCAGGGUACGACACGGUCCUUCCCCCCUCUCCGCUGUAACUCGACACUCCCCCUUCAAUAAUUCUCCCACACCGCAGAAAACCAGCCCCGUCUCCUCCUCUCUGAGCCCUUCCCCACAACUGUCGCCCCCCGUCCCAGGAGAAAGAGAGAGAGGAGGGAAAAAACACACUUUAAUUUUACUACAUCUCUCCCUCCACAUCUCUCUGCCCUCCCAUCUCCGGGCGGACCAGUCUCGGAAUCCGAAUGGCGUUUCGCGGAGGAAACACCGCAGCUAGCGACGUGGCACCGGGCUCCCCUCUCCUCUCUCUCCUCCUCCUCCUCCUCCUCUCCCUCUCUGCCCGGGCCGCCGGGGCCCUGCUGGAGCCCGUCGGGGGCCAGCUGCUGCCCUACGACCGCCUGUACUACUCGGGCGUGCGGGCGUAUUUCACGCAGGAGUGGGACCGCGCGGCCGAGUUUCUGGAGCGCUCCAUCGCCACCCGGGCCGAGCUGCUCCAGGUCCGACGCGGCUGUCACGACCAGUGCGAGGCGGCGGCGGCCGGGGACUCCGCUCGCCUGGACAGCGCGGAUGGGAGUCUCUGGGACCUGGCUGUGUUUGGGUUGGUGCAGCGGCGGGCUGAGUGUCUGAAAUUCUGCCUGGAACAGCGCGUUACCCCUUCUGCCAUCCCCCCUGUCUCCCUGGACAUCCAGUAUGAGUUCACCAACCGGAAUCCUUAUAACUACCUGCAGGUGACCUACUACAAGCUGGGCAGGCUGGAGAAGGCGGUGUCAGCCGCCCAAACCUUCUUCGUGUCAAACCCGAGCCACCUGGAGAUGAGGAACAACCUGGAGAAGUACAGGAGGAUGAAGGGAGUGAGGGAAGAGGCCUUCUUCGACAGGGAGAAAGAGAGGCACUGGACCCUGCAUGACUCCGGCGUAUUGGCUGAGAGCAUCUCCGAUUGGCCGCGGGCGGCAGAGGCAUGGAGGGAGUGUGUGAACGAGACGCUGGCUGCAACAGAAGAUUGCAGAGCGAACUGUGCGGGGGAGGCGCUGCAGCCCAGUGAGGAGGACAACCAGUUAACCGGCACCAAGGGGCUCUACGAGAGAGCAGCUGGGCUGUCACUCCAGCUGCUCUCCUGCCGCCAGUCCUGUGUGUCUCUCGUAGCCACGCGACCCGGAAGGAUUUCACCCAUUGAGGACUUCCUGCCAUCGCUCUUGGAGCACCUGCACCUGGCGGAGUUCAAAGCCGGCGCCCUGCAGGGGGCGGUGAUGUCUGUGCGCGCCUACCUGCUCUUCUACCCCGAGGACCCGGAGACCCUCUCCAACCUGCAGCUCUACCUGAGGACACCAGGGGGCAGCACCCCGGAGAGCGCCCAGCCCCGAGAGGAUAUUUCUCGGUAUGUCCAUCGGUCGCUGCUGGAGAAGAAACUGCUCUACUUUGCGAUGGAGAAUCUGGGUUUCAAGUUCACCGAUCCAGAUCUCUGGACUCCAGAAUCCGUCAUCCCCGAGUCUCUGCAUGAGUCCUGGAGAGCAGAGAAAGAAAAACUGGAUGAGAGACAGGCAGAAGGACAGAGAGAAGGAGAAACAGAUGACAGUGGCUUCUAUGCAGGAGGUCCCAUUACUCUCCCAGGGGUGUCUAUCACAAUGGAUGAUGCCACUCUCAAUGGGACCAAUCGUGUUGUUCUUGAUGGAGUGCUGAGCCCAGAAGAGUGCCGUACCAUCUUGGGAUUGGCCACGGCUGCAGCGUCGUCAGGCGACGGUUACCGGGGCCGACGGUCUCCGCACACCCCCCAUGAGAAAUUCCAGGGUCUGACUGUGCUGAGAGCACUGAGACUGUCCCAGGACGGGCUGGUCAGCGCCGCCGAGGCGCAGCUGCUGUAUGACCUCGGCGAGAGGGUGCGCUCUCUGCUCCAGUCCUACUUCCGGAGCCCCUCGCCCCUCUACUUCUCCUUCACACACCUGGUCUGCCGCACGGCCGUCACAGGAGACCAGGAGGGCCGGACGGACCUGUCUCACCCCGUGCACGCCGACAACUGCCUGCUGGAGCCCGACACCCGGCAGUGCUGGAGAGAGCCGCCUGCUUUCACCCACCGGGACCUCAGCGCACUCCUGUACCUGAACGACGACUUUGAGGGGGGAGACUUGUUCUUCACCGACAGAGAUGCCAAGACUGUGACUGCAGUGGUCUCCCCUCAGUGUGGACGGUUAGUGGGGUUCUCCUCUGGACCGGUCAAUCCCCACGGUGUUUCUGCAGUGACCUCUGGGCGGCGCUGUGCCCUGGCACUCUGGUUCACACUGGAUAGACUGCACAGAGACAUGGUAAGCAGGAAGCAGUGUGCCGGCCUGCACCACAGACCAGAAAACCACAAAGCAAUGGAUCACACUACUCUGCGUGCAUAUACACAGCAGAGACAUGAUCAAACAGACUAUUUCAGUGUACAAUCAGUGCAUCAACCUGUAGUACACUGCAGGGGCUGUGCAGAGUUUAGAAAAACAAUAAACAAUACUGAUCAUUAUGUCAUAAUGUACCAAGGUGAACUUUAGUGUACUGUGCAUAAGCAAGCUACAAUACCGCUGGGUUCUAUGGGUACUGUAUAUACUGCAGAGAAUGGGCAUUCCACAAUCCUUUGAUGGGGGACUGACCUAGAGGCAUUGAGUCACAAUCACACAGGUGGAGCUUGUGACCUGUGCUGCAGUGUCCUGUCGGUUGAUCGGUCAGUGUCCAGGAGCUGCAGUGUCCAGCUCGCCAGUCAGUCCAGGUGUCAAGGUGCUGUAGUGUCCAGUUGACUGGUCAAUCAGUG